AUGGUGAAGGAAUCUGUGAGAAAGUGUUCUCAUUGUGGGAACAAUGGGCACAACUCAAGAACAUGCAGCGCUGGUGGAAAGGGGUGUUUGAAGCUUUUUGGGGUGCAGAUUUUGACAGAGAAAGAAGAUGAAGCCAUGAGGAAGAGCUUGAGCAUGGGGAAUUUGCAGUCAUGCAAUAUCGAACACCAUCAUGGCGAUGCCGGGUAUCUAUCAGAUGGGCUUCUUCAAUCCAGGAGAGGGGUGCCAUGGUCGGAGGAAGAGCAUCGGACUUUUCUGGCUGGAUUGGAGAAGCUGGGAAAAGGGGAUUGGAGAGGGAUCGCAAAAAAAUUUGUGACCACCAGGACUCCAACCCAGGUUGCUAGCCAUGCCCAGAAAUAUUUUCUCCGGCGAGCUGCCUGUGAUAAAAGGAAACGCAGGCCAAGCCUCUUUGACAUGCCUCUGGAUCCUGCGGCUCAACCUCCUAAGGUUUGUUCAGAUUCACCCCAGAAAAGGAAUGCCAAUCAGCUUUCACAGAAGGCAAGUCUGUUGAUCCAUGGAAGUUGUCAUGGCUCCUAUGGAGAUCAGACCACCAGUUUUAACUUUGGAGGAUGA